AGCGGCCGCGGCCCCUUUAAGGAGCCGCUCUGCGGUAACCCGAGCCCGCAGUCCGGGCGGGCGCGGCGGCAGCGGCGGCGCGAGCCUCGGCGACUGCUCCUCCAGGCGUCCCCGGCUCCCGCGAGCAUCUCGCGCGUGGCUCCGGCCGGCGCAGUCCUCCGGCCCGGCCGGAUGACCAGGCGCCUGUAAACCCGGCUGCCCUCUCCCGGCUCCGCGCAGCCGCCGCCCGCGCGACUCAUCCCGGGACCCGGCACAGGAAUUCAAACGUGAGAUUUGUAGUUAAACAAAAACAAACAAACAAACAAAACCACGUCUCUAUAAAUUCAAGAUCAGCCUUGUCUACGUACUGAGUUUCAGGACAGCCAGUUCUCAGCAGGAAAGAACAAAACAAGAACUAAAACCACGUCACUUCGCUUGACGACCGGUCUGGUUCCACACUGGAGGCUGAAUCAGCAGGUUGAAGAGCUAUGGAUGCCAACACCAAAGUGGUCAUCGGCACGCUUUGUGGCAGCUUCCUCCUCUUCCAGGUUCUUUUCCAUUUUGUAAGUUACUGGUUUUCAGCCAAAGUUUCUACAGGUUAUAAUAGUCUUAGCAUCGACAAGAAGAUCGAAUGGAACUCAAGGGUAGUAUCUACAUGCCACUCUUUGCUGGUUGGGAUUUUUGGCUUAUACCUCUUCUUCUUUGAUGAGCCUACUAUCGCUGAUCCACUCUGGGGUGAUCCAAUGCUUGUGAAAUUGAAUAUUGCAACUGCUUCAGGCUACCUCAUUUCUGAUUUAUUGAUUAUCCUUUUGAAUUGGAAAGUGAUCGGCGACAAGUUUUUUGUAAUUCACCAUUGUACAGCGCUGGCUGCAUACUACUUUGUACUGAAAGAUGGAAUGCUAGCGUACAUUGCCAACUUCCGCUUGCUUGCCGAGCUUUCCAGCCCCUUUGUGAACCAGAGGUGGUUCUUUGAAACCCUAAAGUACCCCAAGUUUUCCAAAGUCAACGUCAUCAAUGGAGUUCUCAUGACAGUGGUCUUUUUCGUAGUGCGGAUCCUCGCGAUACCUCCUUUGUAUUUCUUCAUAUACUCUGUGUACGGAACAGAAGCCUACGUGAGGCUCGGAUUUGUGAUCCAGUGUACCUGGAUCACUACCUGUCUUAUUUUGGAUGUGAUGAAUGUCAUGUGGAUGAUCAAAAUUACAAAAGGAUGCAUCAAGGUCAUCUCUCUCAUCAGACAAGAGGAAGCCAAGAGUAGCCUUCAGAACGGAAAACUUGAUUAAAGGCGUGCUUCAUCAAACACCGGUGUUUCCAAAGCCAUCUUCAUUCCUCCCCGCGUCACGUCUACUGAUAGAUGAGUUCUCGGCAUGCUCCUCUGCUGCUCUGUUCCUUAUGACUGUUUGUUAUUCAGGGUUUCCGUGUCUUCUUCUCUCUCUUUCAUCUUUAGAAAAGGAAAAUAAAAUUUAGUUUUCACUCCCAAGUUAUCUUCUUUCCUUCUGCCUUUUAAGCAUGGCUAGACAUCGACAGGUUUCAGUAGAAGUUGUAAGUGGAGUGGAGCGCCUUUUCUGAACUCGCAGUGUGCAUGGGCAUCAUUCUCUGCAGAGAAAUGACUGUGGGGGUGCCCCGCUUCACUGAAGGAGCGAGAACUGCUUUUAAGUCCGUAAGCGGCUCGGUUUGUUGUGCUGUGUUCUUUUCUAAUGCCAAUGCCUGCGGAGGGUCUGAUUUCUAAGUUGCUAACAUGUCCUUUUCCAGGCCAUCAGAAUUGACACAGUUUCAUUUGGGUAUGUGGUCAUCUAUUAUGAAGGAGUAUUUCACUCUUUGACAAUAUCAUGUUUGAACAUACUCCCUGCAUUUUAAGAUUUCAGAUGCUGCUUUAUGUCUUUAGUGUUUCAUCAAACAGUUUUAAAAACUGUAUGUCAGGCAAGGCUUAAGACCCAUUGUGUGGACCUUGGGGACGAAUGUCUUCUAAAAGUGCAUGCUGGGAACAUGGCUUCUGUACUACUGCCUUCCCUCUGUUUCCUUGUACUUUUUCCAUGAAAAAAAAAAAAAAAAAGAUACUCUUCUUGCAAAAUCUUCCCUGAGUUUAAAGCCUGAUGCCAGAAUACCAAUCUUUCCCAGAAUGCAUUUGUCAUACCCCAGAAAUGGGCCUUGUGUUGAUUGGUUAGACUGACGGCACCACAGACAGGUCAGUGUUUGGGUUUAUCCGUAGACUUUCUCAGGCUUGCUUAGUCCAUCUUUGCUUUGCAUUUUUCUUGAGCAGGAAGGAAGAAGGUGAUUUAACCCAAGUAUUCUGAUGAUCAAAACUGUCAUUCUAUGUGAAGAAAGUGUGUGUAUGUGUUUACUUUCACUUUGGUUCUUGCAAUCCAAAUAGAGAAUUAUAUAUUUAGCUAUUAUUGCCUUUAUUUAUUUUUUUCUGAAGUACUUGACUUUAAUGAUUGUUCUUAAGAAAAAAAAAGAGACAUAAUUCAAUUAGUGGUGAAUACUUGAAUUUAACUGAACCUAAACCAAAACAUCUAAUCCAUCUAGAGUCUCAGAUUGAAGGGGAAUGUUUCGUUAUUCAUCUUAUGAUGGUGAAAGGAGAGUGGUGUAAUGUAGUCAGGAUGGUUACUGUAAUGCAGUUUCAUCUGAUUGUCUGGUACAGAGAGAGUCUGGCAAGGUCUAGUAUGUUUAAAGAUGGGAAUUAAAAAUUCAGCCAAUCAAAUGUUAAAAUCAGCUCCGUUUACUUUUGAAAGAUAAAGUAAUGUAACAGAUAGGACUUCUGUAAAGCAGCUAAUGUUUCAUUGGUAACGGCUUGUUUAUUCUACAUCAGAGGCACUCAAGAGUAUUGGUUGUCUAAAGGAUGAAGGUAUAGGAACGCAAAUGAUUUUACAUUGUUCUCGGCUCUUACAAGAAAAGUGGGCUAUUUUUUUUUAAAGGAAAGAAGACAUUUAUAUUAUAAAACUGUUUUAUAAAUUCACCAAAAAGUGUUUUUUUUUGACACUUUGAAUAUUGCUGCAGUUCUGAACACAGAUUUCAAACUCACCAUCAAAACAAUGACAGCAUACAGUUAAGAAUCUCCAUGUAAGCAAUAACUGUUUCCUGCUUAAAAGGUCAUUGCUGUUACUUUUAAUUGAUUGAUGUAGCCAGUCAUCAAAUAAGUAUAUUCGGGAUAUCAAAUGUUAAACUAAGGUUUGCCAUUCCCUUUGUCAGCAGCCCUUACUAGCUGCAGCACCCAGAAGUCAGUUCUCCACGUUCUCUUGGGGAAUCAGUGCAAUGGGAAUGCCCCGUGAACUGCCACUACAAUGCAAGCCAGCCUCCGGAUGGGGCUGUAUUUUUGCUGUGGUUAUAUUUAUCAACCGAAAAUCCAAAUAAAGAUAUAACAUAAUAUUUACUAAAACAAUGAAAUUUUCAUUUAUUGAAUGACAAAUUUUUGCUAGAUAUUUUAGAUAUUAAGUAUUUUGGCUACGUGGAUUGAUUUAAACAAGUCCAUUAGGCAUUCUGAUAUUUAACAACUCUUAAAAAAAUCUUUAUAGAAAAUAAAAGCAAAUUGGUAUACAUUUUUAAGCAAUUCUAUUUUUCUAGAAAAGAUUAGUGACAAUCUGAAUGUGUAGUACUCUAGAAAAUAAAAAGUUCUCAUGAAACUUAAAAAAAAAGCAAAAAUAGCAUGCAAGAUCGUGGAUCCUGCAUUCAAUAUUUUGUGUGAGAGACUAAAAUUUUUAAGCUUGGGUUUAUAGAAUUUGCACUCUUGUGUCUAAAAUCACUUAGAGGACUGUUUGCAUUUACUUAAAAUUAAAAAUGAGUUACGUAUGCAUGCAAGGAAAUUAACUCAAAUUACUCUGUGGUAGGUUGACUUUUUAAAUUUUAACUGCUUUUUUGUUAUCUCAUGGGCCAGUUAGGAAUCAGGAGGAAUAAUGGUAGACCGUUACCAUCUCUGGGAGCCGGUUUGCUGUAUUAUGGAUAAACUGGGUCCAUAGGGGAUCUGGUUGGAAAUUACUUAGUCUAUAGGUAUUUUGAAUGAAGUUCUCUCAGUAAUUUUAAUAAUUUGUUUAACUCCGCUUUUGUUCAAGUGUCAGAUUUUUUUAAUUGCUUCCUCUUGAGACCUUGGGCAUUUGGAGACGAGUUCUUCUUGAGGAUUCGCUGACUGCUGGUGACAUUUCUUUGGCAUCUGGAAAUGUCAUUUUUCAUGGAGGCACAGGGAAAAGUACCAUCAAAAUGUGUGUUUCUUUCCUUUCAGUUUUAAGAAAAAUCUACAUGUCCCACAAGCCUCUAUUAACAUACCUGGAUGAGUUUGUUCCUGCAUUGCUGCAAGUAUGUAAAUAGGCAAUCUCAAGGAUUGGUUUGUUUGCAUUGCCUGACUUUAAGUACUUCAGUGGCUUGGGCAGCUAAAAAGCCCACAUAGUUAUGGGCAUCAGUAAUGAUUCAUAGAAGCUUAUGCAUUUUUGCGUUUGAGAUUUCCUCAAAAGCAAACAUUUUACUUUUGUCAGAAAAAAAUGGCACCGUGCUUUCCAGCAGGUGUGAGCCACCACACCGGUGAGAAUCUUCCCGAAUGCGCACACACACACCUCCUGGCCUUAACUACAGCUCACCGACACUAAAGCCACUGAAAGCCAGCCAUGAUGCAAAAGCCAAAAAAAAAAAAAAAAAAAAAAAACCAAAAACAAAAAAACCCCUCAAUGUAUGCAGAAAUGAGGGAAGCCUGUAGGACCUGGUGUGGGAGGAGACAGCGAGACUGCUCUUCCUCUCAAAGACGGUAUUUCCUUCCUCUACUGAGAGUUUUCUGUCCAGGCUCACCUGGUUGACCAUCUCCUCUCUAGUGCCCCACAGACUUUAUUAUCCCCCCUCCAUGUGCUGGGACCUCUCUAUGUCAACUUCUGAGACAUGCCCGGUCAUCUAUGUGCUUCUCAAUCUCCGUGGCAAGUUUCAAAGUUUACAAAUAGGUUCUCUCACGAAAACAAGCAUUGUAGGACGUUUAAAUAAAGAUCUGACAAACCACAAUUUAUUAAUAGGCUGCAGGAAGCCAGUAAGCAUGUAAUAAUACUUGUUUACAACAUAGAACAAAGGUAAUUAUGGUUUUGCUAGGAAACAUCUGUAAGCUCUCUCUUAAACUGGUUUAGCAAUAGAGUUUUAUAAAGCGUUUCAGCUGGGGAUUUAGUAGGCGUGUUAAUGACCUAUUAAAUGUUCUUUAUAGACUCCAUGGCAGUAUUGAGGGUGUAAAAUGGAACUGUUUUGAUGAGGGCAGGGUCUGGCUUGUGGCAAAUUGUUUUAGUCUUGCUCUUCAAUAGAAAAGACUUCUGUGGUCCUGUUUACUUAAAAGCAAACUACCAGCUGCUGAGUUAGUGUGUCUUGGAGUUCAACCCCAGGGACUCAAGUCCAUGUCGUACUUGGUGUGUCUUCUGUCGUAGUGGGCAGCUUCGCGAAAUGAACUGUGUGCGUUGGAAACGUUUACAUUUACCCACUUUGCACAGCAGCCUUGGUGUCAGACGCUACACACAAGACCGAGCGCAAUGAAAAUGAUUUCUAAAUCUCAUAUGUCUUAGCUCUAUACCUCUGGCUGGACACCAUCUCAAAUUUUUCUCUUUGCAUUUUUAUGUAAUUCUGUAAUUAAUGUGUGUUACAAUCAUUUGCUCUUUUGGCUAACUGAACCUAAAGACAUAGCUGAGACAUAGCUGUAAAUAAGGCAUGUUCUGUAUUUUUGUUUCCUGUUUGAUUGGUUUCUCUAGGAUUGUCUGCUUUUUACUUAAGGAAUUUUUGUGUAGAUGAUAUUCCUAAAAGUAGGAUAAGUUAUGAAAAUUUUCAAUUACUGAAUUUGUAAUAACAUUUCAACAUAGAUCUUAUUUGCAAAGGCCACUGGGGUGCCUGCAUUAACUAUAGCGACAUGUACAAUUUUUCUCCGAUACUAUAAUAUAUAAUCUUGUCAUAACGUUUUGGAAGCCUCUCCAAAUAUGCUUAAUAACUUAUUUCCAUAAGAUUGAAGAGUUUUAUUUAUAAAACAUAAGACCAAGUUAAUUUAUAAAUCAGUAUUACUAAGACACAUCAGUAAGUGAAAUACAGUUGGCGUUCUUUGAUUCUGGUUGUGCUUUGUUUGAAGGGAUAGAAAGUAUCUUUUCAGAACUUUCAUUAAAAUUUUGAAAUGUUUGUAUUCUUUGUAUGUGUGCCACUUUACAGUUUAUGCAAGUUCUAAGCAAUAACCUGCAUGUUCUACCUGGUCGGCAUCCGUCCUCACGACAGUUUCCUUUACUAUUCCGAACGACACCAGUCAACAUGGUAGACCCCUCCCCUCUCCCAGCGAACACCUUGGGAUUUUCUCGUGUUAAAACACUACUAUAAUGUGGUGCAAACCUUUGUAUUUUGUGAAAGAGAAAUAAAGCCACAAUUAUUUAGCGCAAAA